AAACUUAGAGGGAGAGAGAGAGAGAGAUGCAGGAAUCUCGGGAAAAUCCCAAAUACUGGAAAACUUGCCCAAAAUUCAGACGGACAGACACACAAACAAACAAACAAAUUUGCAUUUGAAUUAGAAAUAGGCGGGGUGGCGCCAGGCUCUUCUGUUUGGGCUUUGGGAAAAUUCUCAUUCCCGCCCUUUCUUUCGCGGUUUUCCAUAAUACCAUUUAAUCAAAAUACCAAUCAAACGCCCCAUUCCCCUAUAGUAUACCGCCACUGCUUCAGUGGUUCCAUACCAUUUGCCAAUUCCCUUUUUCCCUCUUCUUCUCCUUCUCCUUCUUCGUCUUCUUCUCCCCCUUAAUUGGUCUCUCAUAUCGUUUAACAUCGAUUUUCUACCUCGUGUGGGGCACAGAUACUUACUAUUACCUGACGGCGAGAAAUGGGUUCUGCAGCUCUCUUGGAUUCCAAUCCUCCACCUAGCGAUUCAACUGUUCCUGCUUUAUCCGGAAAGAAGAAAAGUGAAACUGAAGCUGCACUGAAGUCUGAAGCUGAUAAUAUUAAUAAUGUAGCUGAAGCUGGUCACAAGAAAAAGAAGCGUAGUGCAUCUGAGUCCAGUGAAGAGCCUGCUGGUUCUCGUAAAAUGCCAAAGCGAGCUGCUGCCUGUUCCAAUUUCAAGGAGAGAUCUGUUCGUAUAUCUGAAAAGCCUUCUAUUAUUGAAACAAGGAAGGAUCAGUCAGUCAAUGAAGAGAUAGUUGCUGUACACUUGACUUCUGGACAAGAAGAGGGUCGACCAAAUAGAAGACUCACAGAUUUUGUCUUCCAUGAUUUGGACGGGCUCCCUCAGCCCCUUGAGAUGUUGGAAGUUGAUGAUCUAUUUAUCUCUGGCCUUAUAUUGCCUUUGAAUGAAAGUUCUGACAAAGAGAAGGAAAAAGGAGUCAGAUGUGAAGGUUUUGGGCGAAUAGAAGAAUGGACAAUUUCUGGUUAUGAAGAUGGAUAUCCUGUAAUAUGGGUUUCAACAGAUAUUGCUGAUUAUGACUGUGGAAAGCCUGCAGGUAGUUACAGAAAGUUAUAUGAUCAAUUCUUUGAGAAGGCUCGUGCAUGUAUCGAGGUUUAUAAAAGACUCUCAAAAUCUUCAGGAGGGAACCCUGAUACAAGUCUUGAUGAGUUGCUUGCUGGGGUUGCUCGAUCAAUGAGUGGAAGUAAGUGCUUCUCUGGUGGGGUAUCAAUCAAGGACUUUGUCAUUUCUCAGGGAGAGUUCAUCUAUAACCAACUGAUCGGCUUGGAUGACACGUCCAAAAAGACUGAUCAGAAAUUUGUGGAGUUGUCUGUCCUUAUUGCUCUUAGAGAUGAGAGCAGCAAGCUUGUUGAUUUUUUGCAAGUGAAAGCAGCAUCGUCUGGUGGAGCUUUGGUGAUCGGAUCAGAUGCAAUAGAUGGAGAAAACAAGAUGAAUCAAUCUGGUUUGUCCAGUUGUGCAGAUGAUGAGAAUGAGAAUGUAAAGUUAGCAAAAUUGUUGCAGGAAGAAGAGUACUGGAAAUCAAUGAAGCAGAGGAGAAAUCAGCGUUCAACCUUGAAAUCGAGCAAAUUCUACAUUAAAAUCAAUGAAGACGAGAUUGCAAAUGAUUAUCCUCUACCAGCAUAUUACAAGCCAUGUGACUAUGAAAUGGAUGAGUAUGUAAUUUUUGACAGUGACAUUUCUGUGUGUGAUACUGAUCAACUUCCUCGAAGCAUGCUUCACAACUGGUCUCUAUACAACUCAGACUCAAGGUUGAUUUCAUUGGAGUUGCUUCCGAUGAAGCCAUGUGCAGAUAUUGAUGUAACAAUAUUUGGGUCUGGGGUUAUGACUGCUGAUGAUGGAAGUGGAUUCUUCCUUGACUCCGAUCCUAGUGCUGCAGCUGGUUCAGGAGCACAGGAUGUGAAUGGGAUUCCGAUUUAUUUGAGUGCAAUCAAGGAAUGGAUGAUUGAGUUUGGAUCAUCAAUGGUUUUCAUAUCGAUCAGAACAGAUAUGGCCUGGUAUAGGCUUGGGAAGCCAUCAAAGCAGUAUUGUCCGUGGUAUGAGACAGUUCUGAAAACUGCAAGGCUGGCAAUAAGCAUUAUUACAAUGCUGAAAGAGCAGAGCCGUGUAUCCCGCCUUUCUUUUGCAGAUGUAAUUAAAAAAGUUUCUGAGUACGAGAAGAACCAUCCAGCUUAUAUUUCUUCUAAUCCUGUGGCUGUGGAGAGAUACGUGGUUGUUCAUGGGCAGAUUAUACUGCAGCAGUUUGCAGAAUUUCCAGAUGAAAAAAUUAAGAAAUGUGCAUUUGUGGUUGGUCUUACAAACAAAAUGGAGGAGAGACAUCACACUAAGUGGAUAGUGAAGAAAAAGAAAAUUGUGCAGAAGAAUGAACCAAACCUUAAUCCAAGGGCAGGGAUGGAAACUGUAGUGUCUAAGAGGAAACUUAUGCAGGCAACGACAACAAGGCUUAUUAACAGAAUCUGGGGUGAUUACUAUUCAAAUUGCUUGCCCGAGGAUUCAAAAGAAGGAGAAAAUUGUGAAGUGAAAGAGGAGGAAGAAGUGGAGGAGCAAGAGGAAAAUGAAGAGGAUGAUAUUGAAGAGGAAAAGUCACUGAUGUUAGAGAAAAUCCAAAAGCCUUGUUCAGUGUCAACACGAAGCAAGCCGUGUGCAAUGAGCGAUGAAGUAAGUUGGGAUGGGGAAUCCAUAGGCAAAACUUGUUCUGGUAGGGAACUUUAUAAACAAGCUGUUUUCCGUGGAGAAGUAAUUGCAGUGGGAGGUGCUAUUUUGGUAGAAAUUGAUGAAUCAGAUGAACUUCCUGCCAUUUAUUUUGUGGAGUUUAUGUUUGAAACAUCAGAUGGAAGCAAGAUGUUUCAUGGAAGGAGGAUGGAGCGAGGAUCUCAAACUGUCCUCGGCAAUGCUGCUAAUGACAGGGAGGUAUUUCUAACAAAUAAGUGCAUGGAGUUUGAAGUGGCAGAUGUUAAACAAACAGUUGUUGUAGAGAUCCGGUUGAUGCCUUGGGGACAUCAGCAUGGAAAAGAAAAUGCCAGUGCUGAUAAAAUUGAUAGAGCAAGGGCAGAAGAGAGGAAGAGGAAAGGAUUGCCAAUCGAAUAUUACUGUAAAAGCUUGUAUUGUCCUGAGAGGGGUGCUUUCCUUAGUCUUUCCCAUGAUUCUAUUGGUCUUGGGUCUGGUUUUUGCCACUCUUGUAAAAUAAAUGAAGCACAGUUAGAAAAUGAAAAAUUUAGAGUAAAUUUGUCUGAGACUGGCUUUGGACACCGGGGGACUGAGUAUACUGUUCAAGACUUUAUUUAUAUAAGCCCCCAUCACUUUUCUGUGGAAAGAGUGGGGAAUGAAACUUUCAAGGGAGGCAGGAAUGUGGGCUUGAAGGCUUAUGUUGUAUGUCAAUUGUUAGAUAUAAUUGUUCCAAAGGCACCCAAACAAGCUGAAAUAAAUUCUACCCAGGUUAAAGUCAGGAGAUUUUUCAGACCAGAGGAUGUUUCAUCUGAAAAGGCAUACUGUUCUGAUAUAAGAGAGGUCUAUUAUAGCGAAGAAACACAUGUUUUUUCGGUUGAGAAAAUAGAAGGGAGAUGUGAAGUCAGAAAGAAGCAUGACCUUCCACCGUUUGAUUCCCAUGGAAUCUCUGAGCAUAUCUUCUUCUGUGAACGUCUAUAUGAUCCUUCCAAUGGGUCCCUCAAGCAGUUGCCAGCCAAGAUCAAGUUAUGUUACUCAACUGGGAAGGUAGUUGAUGCUGCUUCCAAUAGAAAGAAAAAGGGCAAGUGCAAGGAAGGAGAAGAUGAUUUAGAAGCUGAAGAAAAAUCUGAUGUACCUCAGCAGAAUCGCUUGGCCACAUUAGAUAUUUUUUCUGGUUGUGGGGGCUUGUCAGAGGGAUUGCAGCAGGCUGGUGUCUCAAUAACCAAGUGGGCAAUUGAAUAUGAAGAGCCUGCUGGAGAUGCUUUUAAGCUUAAUCAUUCGGAGUCAUUGGUUUUUGUAAAAAACUGUAAUGUGAUUUUGAGAGCUGUGAUGGAAAAGUGUGGCGACACUGAUGAUUGUAUAUCAACUUCUGAGGCUGCUGAAUUAGCAGCAUCUCUGAGCGAAAAGGAAAUUGAUGAUUUGCCACAGCCUGGACAAGUUGAUUUCAUUAAUGGAGGGCCUCCUUGUCAGGGUUUCUCUGGAAUGAACAGGUUUAACCAAAGCACAUGGAGCAAAGUUCAGUGCGAAAUGAUAUUAGCAUUUUUGUCUUUUGCAGACUAUUUUAGACCAAAAUAUUUCCUCCUGGAGAAUGUUAGAAACUUUGUAUCUUUUAACAAGGGGCAGACAUUUCGUUUGACUUUAGCUUCCCUUCUUGAGAUGGGUUACCAGGUGAGGUUUGGUAUAUUGGAAGCCGGAACAUAUGGAGUUUCCCAGUCUCGAAAACGAGCAUUUAUAUGGGCAGCCUCCCCAGAAGAGAUUCUCCCUGAAUGGCCUGAGCCAAUGCAUGUUUUUUCUGUUCCAGAACUGAAAAUCACAUUGUCAGAAAAUGAGCAGUAUGCUGCAGUUCGUAGCACUGCAAGUGGGGCUCCUUUCCGAGCUAUUACUGUAAGAGAUACAAUUGGAGAUCUCCCAGCUGUUGGAAAUGGGGCAUCUAAUAUAAAGUUAGAGUAUCAAAAUGAAGCUGUCUCCUGGUUUCAAAAGAAGAUUCGAGGGAACAAUUUGGUUCUGACAGAUCAUAUAUCAAAAGAAAUGAAUGAGCUGAAUCUCAUUCGCUGUCAGAGAAUUCCAAAGCGACCAGGUGCUGAUUGGCGUGACCUUUCAGAUGAAAAGGUCAAAUUGUCUACUGGGCAAGUGGUUGAUUUGAUACCAUGGUGCCUGCCAAACACAGCCAAGAGGCACAAUCAGUGGAAGGGGCUUUUUGGAAGGUUAGAUUGGGAGGGAAACUUCCCUACUUCUAUUACAGAUCCUCAGCCAAUGGGUAAGGUGGGGAUGUGUUUUCAUCCAGAGCAAGAUAGGAUUCUCACAGUUCGUGAAUGUGCUAGAUCUCAGGGAUUUCCUGAUGGCUAUCAGUUUUCUGGUAAUAUUCAACACAAACACCGACAAAUUGGAAAUGCGGUUCCUCCCCCAUUGGCUUAUGCAUUGGGGAGGAAGCUUAAAGAAGCAGUGGCUGGAAGGUCCGCUCAGUCAGCAAAUAAAUGCUGAUAUCAGAAAAAUGUCAGCAUGAGAGGGGAGAAGAAAAUCUUAAAUUGUGUUUUUUUCUGCUAUUAAAAUUUAGAUAGAAUGCAGAUACUAUUAAAAUUUGUGCAUAUGUAACAUGAUUUAUGUAGUCAGUGUUGACUUGCUAAGAAUACUUAUCCUGUAAUAUUGAAUCAUUUGUAAUGAAAUUAGCAACUUAAAUA